AUGUCCACCGAUGAUGCCACGGCCUCAGUCAGCGACCUGAAUUUCUCGGACUCUUCCUCUGCACACACUCCAAAGACUCAGUCUCAGCUUUCGAAGAUUGCAGAUCGACAAGUCCUUCCUCUUCUUGUCGUUGCUUUCGCCAGCUACCAGUUGGAUCGCACAAACAUUGCCAGUUGUCUGACCGGCGGCCUUGCGUCGGACAUUAGAGUGAGUCAGGACUCUAUAAACCUUGGGAAUCUGCUCAUGUUCGCCGGGGUGAUUGCCCUGGAGAUCCCAUCAAAUGUGAUACUUCACCAAGUCGGCGCUCGUUGGUGGAUCGGUGGCCAGGUACUUGUAUUCGGCGUGGUCGCUGCUUUGCAGAUCUUCAUUUGUGACCGAACUGGAUUUCUUCUCACAAGAACCAUUCUUGGCCUUUGCGAGGCCGGUUUUAUUCCAGGUUCCAUGUUCACAUUGUCAACUUGGUACACUAGAGAGGAGAUAACUAAGCGAAUUGCCAUAUUCUUCUUUGGCAUGUUCGGAGUGGAGGGUAUCUGGACCGUGGUCGUUUCCAUCCUGUUAUUUUUCCUGCUUCCGGAGAGAGCCAGAUAUUAUCCUUGCUCUGAUGUCGAGAAGGCCUCCGAGGUUGCUCCGUCAGGGAGUACUUCUCAUCGCAUUUCAUUAACGGUAGUUUGGUCCACCUUGGCCGAUUUCAAACGCUGGCCGCAUUUUAUCGCGACCGCUUGUGUUUUCGCUACAUGGAAUCCGCUAACAGUCUACACGCCGUCUAUUUACACCAUGCUUGGCUUCGAGCGGGUUCCGGCAAAUGCAUUGGCGGCAAUCGGAAACUUCAUCACUCUGCCGGUUGUUGUUUUCUUCGCCUGGCUAAGCGACAAGUCUCGCAAAAGGGGGCUUGCUGUGAUCAUCGCACAGACAGUGUACUUGUUUUCGCUCAUUGUGUUGAGAUGCAGCCAACCACACGUCGGAAAAUGGAGCAAAUUUGGGCUUUGGACGACGGCAAAUGGUUUGGCGGUCGGCUACCAUCCGAUCCAUAACGCCUGGAUACAGAUGAAUAGCACCACUCCGGAGGAAAGAAGUAUCGGUGUCGCUAUGUGUUAG